AAGAUUUCUUAAAGAAAAAUGGUUAUCAAACUAAUUUCUGCCUGCUUGAAUUUUCAUAUCUUGCAUUAGGAUGAUCCAAUUCAACUUAAAUGCUAACUAUUUAAAAAUUAAAAAGAAAAUACGGGAUAAACAUUUUAAAAUACAAUUACUAUCGAGAUGAACAGUAGCCUAAUUGGCUCAGUCCAGGAGAUAAAUCCACCUCUGUGCCAUUAUUUCAACUAUUUAAUUCUAUUCAACGGACACCCAAUGAAACACUGGUUAAACCAAAAAAACUUAAAUAUGUAAACCCACUCACAAACUUUCACAAUUACAACGUUAGUGGGAUGCUUGUAGAAGUAUUUUCUCCUGGCUAUUGGCUGUUCCUUUAGAUUACGUAACAAGGACAAUUUGUUGAAUAAACAACGUCAUGUUUAUUUAUAAAUAAACGUGCUAAGCGUUGAAUAAAUGAUUUAACUUUCUUAAAUUAAACACAGUCGAUAUUGGAUGUUUGUGGCGAAUUAUUUGCUUGCAUACAGCGAUGUCACCAAAUAAGUCCGUAAGAACGAAGGUGAUCAACGCUGAGUCAGACCGGCCGUGUAGGUGCCCGGAUAAAGCACGAGAGGCUGCCACGGCGCGAUAUGAGCUCAGUCGCACAUCUACCUCGCUUCACUAACCACUCUUGUUUGGGUGCCUUGAACUUGUUUUAUGCAAGUUGUGCUAAGGUUCUUUAGUGUUGGCAGAGGUUUAUUUUCAUCAUUCAAGUGCAUAGUGAUUACCAGAGUGCAUUACGAAAGGGCGUGCAGUUGGUCCAGCGGCGUCCCUCCACGGUCGCUGGCCGCCACCUCGCGUUGCCCCGACUCCGGCGCCUUGCGACUACGAACCAAGCAAGGCGGCUCGCGCAGUCCUCGACCAUGCCCCUGCGUUUUCCAUUGGCCUUCGUGUAAGCCUUCCACAGCCGGGAAGCAAAACGCCAGCGCCGAACACAUAUUCUAUGCCACCGGUCCUCGGCGAGGCCAAGGAGGGCAGUAAACGAGCAGCGCCAGCAUUUAGUAUCACAGGCCGUGGUAAAUCUGUAGAAUCUAAAACUCCUAUGCCCGGCCCUGGUACAUAUACUACUGAUAAAGCGACAUCUGCACUCACAAAACGUCCUCCAGCAUUUACUAUGGCUCCUCGAAGAGAGCAAAAGCCUGCCACCGCUGCCGUACCCGGCCCCGGAGUUUAUUGUCCUGAAAAGGCCGACGCUUUUAUACGCGAAAAAUCUCCGAAGCAUACGAUUGCAAGUAAGAUGAAGCUUGAAAAAGUUGAUCAAGUUCCUGCGCCUAAUGCAUACUCCCCUGAAAAAGCAGAUCGUUUGCUGAGAGAGAAGUCGCCUGCUUUCUCGUUUAGAACUAAAACUGAGAUUGUGAAGUCACACAAUGCCCCUGCACCUAAUGUUUACUCUCCAGAAAAAGCCUUAAACACGCUAAAAAGUGGUCCUAAAUAUACUUUGGCUGGAAAGGGUACUGCCGAGAAGCACGAAGUUACUCCGGCACCUAACUAUUACAGCCCUCAAAAAGCAGAUAAAAUACUGCAUGAAAGUGCGCCAGCUUUUUCAAUACGACCUAAAGAACAUGUUGAGAAAAUUGAUCAAACACCUGGACCGAAUUUUUAUGCCCCAGAGAAAUCAAUACACAUAAUGAAUGGUGGGCCCAAAUUUAGCAUUUAUGGUAAAGCUGGUUCUGUGAAGAUAGAUGACACUCCAGCUCCAAAUAGUUACGACCCUCAGAAAGCAGACAAAGUCCUUCAUGAAAAUUCACCUGCUUAUUCAUUCCGUAUUAAAGAGGAAAUUAUUUUGCGAAGUGAAUCGCCAGCUCCUAAUGUGUAUGCUCCCGAGAAGGCCAUGCAUAUUUUAAACGCAACCCCGAAAUUUACUAUUGCUGGCAAAGGACCUUCAAAUAAAAUCCCUAAUACACCAGCCCCGAAUGUAUAUAAUCCUGAGAAAGCAGAUAAAGUCUUGCACGAAAGUUCACCUGCUUAUACAUUUAGAGUGAAAGAUCAAAUUAAUAAAAUUAGCGACUCUCCAGCUCCUAAUGUAUAUGCCCCGGAAAAGUCGAUUCAUAUGCUCGAUCAUUCACCAAAAUUUACAAUUGCAGGAAAAGGACCUGCGGCCAAAAUAGAUAACAUACCAGCUCCUAAUUUCUACAAUCCCGACAAAGCCGACAAAUUGCUUCACGACUCAUCUCCCGCAUACACAUUUAGACCUAAGAAUAAUUUGGACAAACCAAGUGAUACUCCUGCCCCAAACAUGUAUGAUCCCCAUCUUCUCGAUAAUACUCCGAAAUUUAGUAUGUAUGGUCGUGGUCCCGAUGGAAAACCAUCAGACACACCUGGACCAAAUGCUUACGAUCCUCAUCUACUUGAUAACACUCCAAAAUUUAGUAUGUAUGGUCGCGGUCCUGAUGGAAAACCUUCAGACACACCGGGUCCAAAUGCUUACGAUCCUCACUUACUAGAUAACACUCCAAAAUUUAGUAUGUAUGGUCGCGGUCCUGAUGGAAAACCUUCAGACACACCGGGUCCAAAUGCUUAUGAUCCUCAUUUACUUGAUAACACUCCCAAAUUUAGUAUGUACGGUCGUGGUCCCGAUGGAAAACCAUCAGACACUCCUGGUCCAAAUGCUUACGAUCCUCACCUACUUGAUAAUACUCCCAAAUUUAGUAUGUACGGUCGUGGUCCCGAUGGAAAACCAUCAGACACUCCUGGUCCAAAUGCUUACGAUCCUCACCUACUUGAUAAUACUCCCAAAUUUAGUAUGUACGGUCGCGGUCCGGAGGGGAAACCCUCUAAUACACCGGGGCCGAAUGCUUACGAUCCACAUAUGCCUGAUGGUACACCAAAGUACACCAUUUCUGGUAAAGGACAACCUGAAAAGAUUAUGGUUACGCCAGCACCUAAUGCUUACAGUCCAGAGAAAGCUGAUAAGGUAUUGCUAGAGAAUUCUCCAGCAUAUACUUUCAGGACCAAACAACCGUUCCACAAGCCCGAAAAUACACCAGCUCCGAAUGCUUAUGACCCUAGUAAAUAUGAUUACAUGUUGGAUGGAGCACCAAAAUAUACUUUUGGAACAAAAGGACCUGCUGAUAAACCUUCAAAUAAUCCCGCGCCUAAUGCAUAUAGCCCAGAGAAAGCAGAUAAGGCUCUUCAUGAAAAUUCACCAGCUUACACUUUCCGACCGAAAAUAGAUAACAAUAAAAUUAAUAAUACACCUGCACCUAAUUAUUACAAUCCAGAAAAAGGAGAGAAUAUAAUGCAUCAUCAUUCUCCAGCGUAUACAUUUAGGCCGAAAAUUGCCGAUGGAAAGAUACCUGAUACACCUGGACCUACAGCUUAUAACCCGCAAAUUGCCGAUAAAGUUAUACACCAAAAAACACCAGCUUAUACCUUGUCACCAAAAGGCAAAGAUGGCAAGCCUAGUGACACGCCUGCACCAAAUGUUUACAAUCCACAAAAGGCCGAUAAAAUAUUAUUAGAUAAUGCGCCUCGAUACUCAUUCCGAAUCAAAACGAAUCCGCACAAGCCCGAUGACGUUCCAGCUCCCAACAAGUACAACCCUGACAAAGCCGAUAAAGUACUGUUGCACAAUGCCCCACAAUAUACUUUUAGAGUUAAACCAGAUACUUUGAAGGCUAUUAAUACUCCCGCACCAAAUGCCUAUACUCUUCCCACACCUGUUCAAACGCCUUUAUAUACUAUAUCCGGUAGACAUAAGGAACCUAUUGAUGAGCGCUUAAAAGUUCCUGCUCCUGGAUCAUAUGACCCCGAAAAGGGGUAUAAAUUCAUUUUGACUUAUUCACCCCAGCAUACAUUUGGCAUCAAGAUACAUACAAAUAAGUUUGGCGAUUCACCUGCUCCUAACACCUACCGAAUCCCUUCCGUGCUGGACACGCCAGUUUACACGAUAUCCGGUCGACACAAAGUGCCCGUCGACGAUAGAGUUAAAGUGCCCGCUCCUGGUACCUACUCUCCAGAAAAGGUGCAGAUCAAUAAAACUCCACAAAUCACUUUUGGCAUCAAACAUUCGCCACUACUGGGACAACUAAAACCUAGAGAGCCAUAUUCUCCUCGUGUGAAUGAACCACCAAAGGAUGUCAAAUAUAACAAUGUAAAGAAAGUUACACAGGUAGUGGAGAAAUUUGUCGAACCAAGCAACGAGAAAGUUACAAAAGAUAUUAGAAAUAUCGACAACGACUAUAACAAUGAUACGUAUAACAACCGCACUCACAUCACUCAAAUAAGAGAGAACGAAUCAAGGAGCACAACGGUUACCCCGGAGCCUGUACAAGAAACAUUAACUCAAGAGAUCGUGUGGAUCCCAGAGAAACCAGUUCGACGAGACUCGUACACUAUUGACAAGCCAGAUGCAUCAGCGGGAUUCACUGAGCGUUAUCAGAACAGUGAAGUGGUACCUACGGCGAAUGGUGUUAUCAAAAUGGCCGAAAGUGGAGAACGUAGUGGAAGUUCUUCAGAAGCGCACAGUCGGGAAGUUAUAAGGAAAAAUGGUUACGAACAAAAUGUAGAAAGAGAUGUGAAAAAUGCUAGUGCACAUGAGAGAAAUCAGAAAGCCAGCGAAGAAGUGCGCACUGGCACUGAGGUGCAACAUUUGCCUAAUGGAGGAAUAGCUAAGACGACAACAACUACUACUGUUAGAAGAGUGGGAACUGCUGACCGUACAGCAAAUGCUAGCACUACCGUCACGCGCACUGCAACAGCUGUCACGUCACGAGACGUUGGCGUUAAAUAACGGGACAAUUGUCUUUGGGCUGAACUAAAGUUACUACAUUCUAACUCAUCUCUUAUAUUACCUUAGUUAUAACAAAUAUUAAUAUAAUACUUGCGAAAUAAGACUUAUUCUUGUUAUGUCCGGCUGUAGUACGGACUUCGAAGUGUUUUUUAAUACUUUAAUUUUUAAUUUAUUCAUUUACCUGAAUUAUUUUUCUAUAUAUUUAUAGAUAAACCCGAUUGUAUCGACGGUUUUCAACGCUUUUUAAUUAAUUAUUAUGAAAGCUUUAUAAAUUAUAUGAAACGAUGUUGCUAUUACAUUAAGAAAUUAAAUGGCCGUAGCUGUAAUUAAUAUUAAGAAAAAUGACAAUUUAUUUGUUUGUUAACUUUACUAAUGUUGUUUUGAAAUGCAUUUUUUAAAUAAAGCAUUUUUAAUUUUA